AGCCUGACUUUUGUGUCAAGUUAACCCUAGACACUAUAUUGGGGGGGGGGAAAGGAAAUAGAUUUAUCUUAUUUUGGAAUUGAGGCUGAAUAGCCUUUUAAUGACUAUUGAUUUUAAUGACGAGAUUAGCGAACAAUCAUUGUGUGGAAAAGAGUAAAAACACAAUGUACAUAAUCUUCUUUCCCCUCCUCUAAAGUAGUUACUCAGCAAUACGAACAAAAUCAUUCGGUGGUGAAAUUAUUUUAAAGGGGUAUUUCGGAAGUCUAAUUUGCCGCUCUUUGCUAACUUGAUCUCAGGGUAGACGAGGGCGCCGCAUAUCAUUUCACACACCGGAGUGACUGUCGCUGCUGUUAUCGGCGGUGGUGCAACGUUGCUUUUCUGAUGUAGAAGAACAGCUGUCCCGGCAGGUAACAGGAGAACUGAAUCAAAUAUUGGGCUGACCCGGAAGAAAUUCAGAAGAGGUCAGAGAGAAGAUUUGUACAACAUCUGGCUUACUUUGGAAACGGCAGCGGCGAUAACUCACCGGCCAAGUGACCCCCCACUUCCCCAGCGGCCCAGUGACACACCAGCUGGGGCAACCGGGAGGCAGCGUUUCGACCUUCCGUUGGAAGCCGUUCUCUGAGCAGGGAGGAUUGGUCUCAGGGUGCCGGGUCAUCCGGGGAGAGAACUCAUGAAUGGAAAGCGGAACAACAGGAGCCGUUAGUGCCCAAGCCCUUUUUUCAUUGCCGCAGCGACCCGGCUAUGGCACCGUUGGGAAGCCCAUCAAGCUUCUUGCAAACUGUUUCCAGGUUGAUAUCCCCAAGAUUGAUGUCUACCUCUAUGAGGUUGACAUCAACCCUGACAAAUGUCCUCGCCGGGUCAACAGGGAGGUGGUGGACUCCAUGGUUAAGCAUUUCAAGGUGACCAUCUUUGGUGACCAUCUUCCAGUUUAUGAUGGGAAGAGAAGCCUCUACACUGCUAACCCACUUCCUGUUGCCACUGGUGGGGUUGAUUUGGACGUCACCCUCCCAGGCGAAGGUGGCAAAGACCGCCCAUUUAAGGUCACUGUGAGGUUUGUAUCGUUGGUCAGCUGGCAUCUGCUGCAUGAGGUCCUGAUGGGACGUGGCGUAGCAGAACCGCUGGAUCUCGAGAAACCUAUCAGCACCAACCCAGUUCAUGCUGUUGAUGUGGUUCUUCGACACCUGCCCUCCAUGAAGUACACCCCUGUUGGCCGAUCCUUCUUUUCCUCCCCAGAGGGCUACGACCACCCGCUUGGUGGAGGAAGAGAGGUUUGGUUUGGCUUUCAUCAGUCCAUACGGCCGGCGAUGUGGAAGAUGAUGCUCAAUAUUGAUGUGUCAGCCACAGCUUUUUAUAAAGCCCAGCCAGUCAUCCAGUUCAUGUGUGAGGUCCUGGACAUUCACAACAUUGAUGAGCAGCCUCGCCCACUCACCGAUUCCCACAGGGUCAAAUUCACCAAAGAAAUCAAAGGUCUGAAAGUAGAAGUGACACACUGCGGAACAAUGCGUAGGAAGUAUCGAGUUUGCAAUGUAACACGGCGCCCUGCAAGCCUCCAAACUUUUCCUUUGCAACUGGAAAGUGGUCAGACAGUUGAACGCACGGUGGCACAAUACUUCAGAGAGAAAUACAGCCUGCAUCUCAAGUAUCCCCACCUGCCUUGCCUGCAGGUGGGCCAAGAACAGAAACACACCUACCUGCCCCUCGAGGUAUGUAAUGUUGUUGCUGGUCAGCGCUGCAUUAAAAAGCUGACAGAUAACCAGACAUCCACCAUGAUAAAAGCAACAGCCCGCUCUGCCCCAGACAGACAGGAGGAGAUCAGCCGACUGGUGCGAAGUGCAAAUUAUGACGCUGACCCAUUUGUCCAAGAGUUCCAGUUCCACAUACGUGAUGAGAUGGCUCAGGUGACCGGCCGCGUCCUGCCGGCCCCCAUGCUGCAGUAUGGCGGCAGGAACCGCACAGUGGCCACACCCAGUCACGGGGUGUGGGACAUGAGGGGGAAGCAGUUCCACACCGGAGUGGAGAUCAAGAUAUGGGCCAUUGCCUGUUUCGCCACCCAGAGGCAGUGUCGUGAAGAGAUUCUCAAGAGCUUUACUGAUCAGCUGCGGAAAAUCUCAAAAGAUGCUGGGAUGCCAGUUCAGGGUCAGCCGUGUUUCUGUAAAUAUGCCCAAGGAGCUGACAGUGUGGAGCCCAUGUUCAGACACCUGAAGAACACGUAUCUGGGGCUGCAGCUAAUCAUCGUAAUCCUCCCAGGAAAAACCCCCGUCUACGCUGAGGUGAAGCGGGUUGGAGACACCCUUCUUGGCAUGGCCACUCAGUGUGUCCAGGUGAAGAACGUAGUGAAGACCUCACCACAGACAUUGUCCAACCUCUGCCUCAAGAUCAACGUCAAACUCGGGGGCAUCAACAACAUCCUAGUUCCUCACCAGCGACCUUCUGUGUUCCAGCAGCCAAUCAUCUUCCUUGGAGCUGAUGUCACUCAUCCUCCAGCGGGAGAUGGAAAGAAGCCAUCAAUCGCAGCGGUUGUCGGCAGCAUGGACGCUCACCCCAGCAGGUACUGUGCUACUGUGCGAGUCCAGAGGCCCAGACAAGAGGUCAUUCAAGACUUGGCCUCCAUGGUGCGAGAGCUCUUGAUCCAGUUCUAUAAAUCGACUCGCUACAAGCCAACUAGAAUGAUCUUUUAUAGGGAUGGGGUGUCUGAGGGCCAGUUCAGACAGGUGCUAUAUUAUGAGCUACUAGCUAUCAGAGAGGCAUGCAUCAGUCUGGAAAAGGAAUACCAGCCGGGAAUUACUUACAUUGUUGUACAAAAACGACAUCACACUCGCCUCUUCUGUGCAGAUCGCAAUGAGCGGGUCGGAAGAAGCGGAAACAUUCCUGCAGGCACAACAGUGGACACCGACAUCACCCACCCUCAUGAGUUUGACUUUUACCUCUGCAGUCACGCUGGAAUCCAAGGCACAAGCAGGCCGUCGCACUACCACGUGCUGUGGGAUGACAACUGUUUCACUGCCGACGAGUUCCAGCUCCUCACCUAUCAGCUAUGCCACACAUACGUCCGCUGCACACGCUCCGUCUCCAUCCCGGCACCCGCCUACUACGCCCACCUGGUGGCCUUCCGUGCACGCUACCACCUGGUGGACAAAGAACAUGACAGUGCGGAGGGCAGCCACAUCUCAGGGCAGAGCAACGGCAGGGAUCCUCUGGCGCUGGCCAAGGCCGUUCAGAUCCACCACGACACGCUGAGGACCAUGUACUUUGCCUGAACACGCCUCCGCUUUCACUCGCCAUGCCAGUGAAGAGCCCCCUGUAUGCAAGUUGAAGCCGGCCGACUGUUUUUCUCUCCCCUCCCCCCCCGUGGCACCGCUGUGUUCCAGCAUUGAGGAUUCUCCUUUUUUUAAGAAGUUUGUUUAGGUUCAUGAGUUAGAUUUCACAGUAGCUUGGUAUGAGUUUGUACGUUGAAGACAAUAGGGAAACCCAAAGCGCCUGACUGUUUAUUUGUAACAAAGCAUCUUGCCCUUUUAGGACUAAUGAGCCUGGUUUAUCAUGUUGAUGGUUUGAAAUAUUGCUCGUGUGUGCGUGCUUUCGUGCGUGCAUCUUCAAAAAUGGUAAACUGCCUUAAUGUGGACGCUUUAAGCCAGUGCCGAGUCAAUGUGCUCCAGCCAGUCAGUUGGAUUACAGAGUUAAUGAAAUGUGACUUGGAGUAACAGCCGUCCCUUGAUGCCUUACUUUGAAGUGCAUAAACUUAGACUGUUAUUGAUCUUGUAGGCCAGCUGGUGUGUGCUGAACAGUUCUCACAAAAAGUUAGGGAUAUUCUGCUUUCGGUUGAAAUUUCUGGAUGAAGCUAAUAUGCGCUCUAAUCAUUAAGGCCUUUUCCCACCGCACUUACUGCAUGCGAAAUGUCCGUGCGGCAACUCCGGUGCAAUCCAACCGUGCUGACAAGGAAGUUGGGAGGCUUUCCCGAUGAGUAGAACGCAAUUUUGCAAUAUGUAUUUGGUAUUGUUACAAAUGAAAGCCCUGGCUUUGCUAAUAUGAAGUAGGAUGAGGUGACACUGCAGCAAAAAAAGGGAUUUGGUGUGUCCUAUACUAAUUUUCAUGGCAGGAUCUCCGUUUAAACUGGUUCAUGAGCUGCAGUUCCACGAAGACUCUCCGAGGUGUAUUUCAGGCUGAGCAUGGAGCAGUUUGAAAGCCUCCUCUAGAAACGGCUCAGUACAUCAUUUUUCUAUUGUCAUGCUCAUGAUAGCUGGACACCACAGUUAUGACUUCCUCCAUUUUCCCCUUGCCGUUUACAGCACAGUCCGCUAAAAUAUCACUCAGACAUCACUCCGCCAGCCCCUCACUUAAUGGCCGUGCUGUCUGACGCCACUGCAACGCUGCUCUCGAAUAGAACAUUUUUCUAUUCGUGUCACGUCAGCCUCACUCUGCACUUGCCGCACCUUGACACGGUAUUCCGUGAUCAUGCCCCCUCAGCACAUACACGAUGAAUGGGAAAGUCGACGACGGCUUGCGUGUUGCCAAGUGCGGUGUGAAAAGGCCUUUACAGGUGAACUUAAUUUGAUCUGUAACAUUUUGACGUUUAACAGCUAAAUUCACAACAGGUUUGUGUCAUGCAGGAACCAAAUAUUCCUAACUCUGUGUGUAGUGUGUGUGUGUUUUAUUUGCCUUUUAAACAAAAAUCCAAACUCAUUUGCAGAAUUAGGACAAAGAUGUCUGUCGGGCUUACCUCAGGGUGUCCUUCAGUGCAAUAAGGUUCCGUGAUGAGCUAAUUUUUUUUUUUUUUUUUUUUUUUUUUUUUUGGUCUGUUUCGGAUCAUGUAGCGGGAUGCAAAGUAUCUGACAUGAAUGAUGAAGUGUGAAGGGAUGCUUUUGAAGUGCCUGAUUGGAGUCGAGAGUGAAAUGUUUGCGUGGAAAUAAGGUUUGUGAUAAGCAUGUCAGUUUGAAACGUUCUGUUAGCCUCACAGUCACAGCGUCGCACCGCCGGUCUCCACACUGCUAACCGGACCGCCCUUGUCACCGGAACUCAACUUUAGCUGCUGCUAGUUAAAGAAUAAUGUAGUAUUUCCUUUAAAAUGCAUAUUAUAGACUAUAUAUUAAUACAGAGGGACUUGAAACUUAUUAUACAUUUACUGCACUUAAAGGUCAUUUGCCUGCAUUGAAAGCAUCUUUAGUCAUGUAAAUAGUUCCCCAUUUCGCAUUGGUGUGCCCUGAUAAGACGUGACCACUCAUUUUUACUUGAAGAACAGUCAGUCGUGGGCAUGUUUAAAAACAACAACAAAAACAGCCUUUUAAUCUUCAAGAGUUUUGGCUUAAUAGACAUCUGCAUUUUUCCCCUCACACCUUAGUCCCAAGAUGGAGGGAUAUUUAUAUUUUAAGGUAUUUGUGUAAGAGUGAUCUUAAUUAUUUUUUGGGGUGGGGGGGGGGGUAUUAUUUUAAUAAGUGUAAUGAUGUGAUCAGUUUCCGCAUCUGUUCAUGCAAAGCACUGAGACCCGCUAAGUGUGAUCUUCAGUGACACAUCUCCAUACUCUGGUCGAAGGGUUGUCCUCUGUGCCUUUCUGUGAUGGUGCUGAGAAAACAAACAAAAGCUGAAAUUCAAAGAACUAUCCUCUCCAUUUAAUCAUAACAAUACUGGAAGGUGGUUUUGUAUUUAGUGUGUGUCUCUGUCAUAUGCCAAGAACAAAACGGGAGAAAAAUAAAUGCAGAAUUGAUCUGUUUUGGAGCUGACAGGACCAAAAGAUGUGACGAGCGAAGUGUUCAGUGAAUGGGCAAUGUCAAUCACAACACAAAUACAUAACUGCAGCCCUCAUGAUACAAAGUUCAACACAAACCUCAUGUGGUGUUAUUGUAUUUAAUUUUUUUAGACAUUAUACUGUAUCCCCUUCAUCACUUUACUGCCUAAUUGACGUGUGCGUUUUUUGGACAGCAAUAAUAAAGCAGCCGUCAAGUGUCUGUGCAUCCACUUUAUGGUGAUCUUUUUUUUUUUUUUUUUUAACGUGAUUUUGAGACGUUUACAGUCAUAAGUCUGUCUCCCAGCAAAAAUGAAUACAAUACAGUACCUGUUGUUGGUUGCAUAUCACACUCAAAUGAAAAAGUAUGUUCCUGUUUUGUUUUUCUGCUGAUCUUUACGCUAGUCGAGACUAUUUUGUCUUAACACUUGCAUGGUCCUAAUUUAAACCUUUUAUUUAGUUUUCAUAUUUAAUUUUUGUAAUUCCUUGUUUAAAAAAACAAGUGUAUUGUUUUGGUGGUGAUGAACUUGUGAAAUGCAAUUAAAAUGUGCUGUUACGAAUGGACAUUUCCAUGUUUGUUUGGUUUUUUCAGAACUGGUUACAUGACAGCUACGGUGCACUUGCAUGUUAUAAACGAUAUGAUAGCCAAUUAUGUGGGUCUCCAUCGCUGCCUUCUGGU